AUGGUAGAGAUCAGGAGUAUGCUUCAGCAACUCAUUGGGACAAAUGGUAAGAUGCAGGAAAAAUUGGAAAUGCAUGAUUCAACUAUAAAGAACAUUGAAACUCAAUUGGGGAAGCUGUUUAUGGCUUUAAACAACCGCCCCCAGGGAAGAUUGCCAGCGGACACAAAUAUUAACCCCAAGGAGCAAAACCCGAAUCAGCUGAUGGCAGUAAGUCUCCGGAAUAUGAGAGAUUUAGAUAAAGAGCAGGAAAUUGCACAAGCCAGCAAAGAGACUACGCCAGCCACUCCAGUUCCAAUAGAGGUAGAUGAACCAACAGAACUUACUAAAGUGGUAGUUCAACAGGGUCAGGAUGAAAAGGGUAAGGCUAAGGUGAGUGAACAAGUUGUAGAACAGAUGGUACCUCUUGUGCCACAGAACCACAACAGAGAGAAGCCAACAAGCAGUGCACAAAGAGUGGUACCUGCACCAUUCCCUCAGAGACUAACCUACAGCGCAAUAGUGACAAGACCCAUAGCUCAAAAGAUGUCUGACCUAGGUAGCUUUACUAUUCCAUGCGCUAUCGGGAGUUAUGCCUUUGCAAAGGCAUUAUGUGACUUAAAAGCCAGCAUAAAUUUGAUGCCACUGGCUAUAUACACCAAACUGGGCAUUGGCAGAGCUGGACCGACUUUGAUGUUGUUGCAACUAGCUGACCGCACGGUUAAAAGGCCAACCGGGAUUCUUGAUGAUGUGUUGGUACAAGUGGGGAAGUUUGUGUUCCCUGCAAACUUUGCUAUUCUUGAUUGUCAGGCAGUGGAUGUGAUCCUGCACGAAGAUGAUGUGACUCUGACUGCUAAAGAUCCAUUAGAAGCCUGCUUGACAAAUUUAGAGGAGAUGGAUGGUGAAGGGUUAGUUGAGUGGGUCAUGGCACUUGAAGCCCAAUGA